AUAAAUACUCGCAGAAUUGACAUUACUAGUAAUUUUUUCCUUAAUUAUACCGUGUAUAAAAGUAAAUUAAAAAAAAGCUACAAUGCGAUUCGCAAUUUUAGCAAUUUGUUUAGCACUUGUGGCUGUAACGGCAGUAGAAAGCGUACAAACCAACUGGCUCAAUGACCCACUUUACUCCUGCGUCAGAUGCUUGUGUCAUGCUAGAAGUGGAUGCUGGAUCAGACAAAAUUGUGCCAAGUACUCAAUUAACCAGGAUUACUGGAUAAAAGCAGGUUCUCUCACUGCUUCACCAGAUGAAAGUUCAACAAGUCCAUCAGCAUAUCAAAAUUGUAUGAGGGAUGAAAACUGUAUUGUCGGUACUAUCAUUAAUUAUACUGGACGCUUAGGAGAUAUGGAUUGCAACUGCGACGGAGUCUUCGAUUGUAAAGACAGGGCAGCCAUUCAUCUUAUGGGGGCCGGUUGCGCAAAUCCUUACUUUGGUGAUACUUUUGCCAGGCGAUUCAACGAAUGUUCCAAUAUGGUUGGUUCUACGAACAUGUUAGCUAGUGAAGGAAAUAAUAUGUGUACUACAUAAUAUGUGUGCUCUAAAUAUUACUUGUGUAAAUAUAUUAUUAUUUUUCACUUCAAAUAGUAAAAGA